CGUAAACCGCGAACGGGAACGUUUCGGAAUGUUUUUUGGUGUGUCCGUGUGUGAGUGUGAGUGUGUAGGCCGUGUACGCGUAAUAGUGCCGUGAAAUGGAGACGCCUGGUCGUUCGUAAUCGUUCACAAAAAGAAAAAGAGCCGCCUGGUCGUUCGUAACAGUAGCAGCUGGAAAAAAGGAGACGCCUGGUCAUUCGUAACCGUUCCGAAAGGAGACGCCUGGUCGUUGACGGUGGCUUUUCUCUUCCCGGCCAGACAGUUGCCGUGUGGCGUAGUGGUGGUUCGAAAAAUUCGCUUGAUUCUAUUGACCCAAUUCGACGCAGUUGCCGAAAAUUAGAUUUUGCCCCCACGAGCAGCGGCCAAUAUUCCGUCGGACACUAUUGCCGACAGCUGGGCUCGUGCUGUCACAACAGUGAGUGUCACAAGUGCAUUCCAACGUGGUUUCUGAAGGGAAACUAGCCUGAAGCCAUCCGCAGGCAGUGUUCGGGAAAAUGUGUUAGUGCAAAUGAUAAAAUAAUUUCCAAUUGCUCGUUAAUGAGCGUGUGCGUUUGGUAAGCCAAUUUAUCCUUCCACGAGUGUUACUGAAGGUCGGUGGGUGUGAGUGUUGUUUUGAUUGAAGUUGGCAGCUUUUUGCUCACAGUUCGAGGAAGGAAGAGUAAACUUCCGGGAAAACGCCCGUGCGUGGGAAUGCGAAUCAGCCAUUCAGGGUGAGUGGUUUUCGCCAAGUGUUAACUCGUAGAAAUGCUCCCACAGGAAACGCGCUGCUGGAUGUAAUGAGAUACGGCCUGCUACCAGCUACAGAAUAUGAAGCCAACGGACCGCAACUAGCAGCAACUAUGAGACAGCUAGCGGUAGUGAUGAUAAUUUUAAAUAUAAAUUACGGUCGCCUUCAUUGCUCGUACACGAUGGACAUCGACGAACCGCACACGUACACCCCACCGAAACACUACUUCCAAACGUCCUCGUUCGAUGAGAACGAAAUCAACGACGACGGCAUUGGCAAGAGUCCGCUCGACCGGGGACCAUACUUUGACAUCUCGGCCUCACGAAACGUCACCGCGCUCGUUGGCAACACAGCCUAUCUUAACUGUCGCGUACGAAAUCUGGGCAAUAGGACGGUUUCCUGGAUCCGGCACCGGGAUUUGCAUCUGCUGACGGUGGGCAAGGCAACGUAUACCUCGGACCAGCGGUACCAGAGUGUACAUAAUCCCCAGCUGGACGACUGGUCGCUAAAGGUGUUGUAUCCGCAGCAGCGAGAUUCCGGUGUGUACGAGUGUCAAAUCUCCACAACGCCGCCCGUCGGCUACUCGAUGACAUUGUCCGUCGUAGAACCCGUCACGACGAUCGUUGGUGGACCGGACCUAUACAUUGACACCGGUUCGACCGUUAAUCUGACCUGCAUCGUACAGUAUCUGCCCGAACCACCGCCGCUGAUCCAGUGGACGCACAACGGUGUGGAAAUUAAUUACGAUUCGGCACGGGGCGGUGUGUCGGUGAUAACGGAGAAGGGCGACAUAACGACGUCCUAUCUGCUGAUCCAGCGGGCGCGCAGCACCGACUCGGGCAAGUACACGUGCUUACCAUCGAUGGCCAAUCCGACCACCGUGCACGUGCACGUGCUGAAUGCUGGCAAUGGUUGCACCUCCUGUCUGACACUCCACUCGUCGCUCUCCUCAUCGCUCUCCGCCUCAGGCGAACAUCCGGCAGCCAUACAGCUCGGACGCCAGAUACGCAGCAAUUGUUUGCUGCUGACGAUACUGUUCCUGCUGCUGAUGGCGAUAUCACCCGGACAUCGAUAUGCAGAUCGAUAAGUAUGUUUAACUAAAGGCGAAAUGAAAGUGAUGUACAUGCUACUCAGUGUGUGUGCAAGCGCGAGGGUUAAAUGUCACUCUGUACAUAGUGUAGGUGGAACAAAACAAAUGCUGAUGCUGAUUAGUGGAAUAGGGGACUAGUUUUCCAAUACCAGAAACGUAUAGAAUUUCAUUUUAACAUACACUGUACAUAUGGCACGCAUAGGAAAGGUUUUGUUUUCAGUUUUAAGUAAGUAAAGCAAUGUAUAAAACAAAUUUAAGUAUAAUUUUUCUAAGUAUUUAAGCAAACUCAACUCAAAUCUUUAAAACGAUCGUUAUAAAUCAGUAGCAAGUAAGAGGAUGGAGAAUACCACUUAAGAUGAAAAUCAUUGAGACGAAUGAUUGCAACACAAGCACAACACACACUAAACCAUGAAACAUUCUUCCUGUUGACAGUGAAACACAAAAUUGAACAAUCGUCUCAUCUGACAAACUUCCUGUUUUUAAAACAAAAGCCGAAAAAUAAACACACCGCAGGGUUUGAAAAUCUCAAA